CGCCGUCAAACGAAUUGCGGAAACGGAACGGGAGGUUCGCGCGUAAUGCCCAUUUGAAAGUUUUGUGAAGGGAUGUUGAAGUGGUUGGUCAGUUUCCAAAUAACUGGAUUAAGAUUUUAGCUCUUUGUGUUAAGUCAAAGGAUCUCGAAAUGACACCAACCGAACCACGGAGCAAGGUGCACGUCCUUUAAAUUAAAUUCAAAUUAAUUUAAUCCAAAUCUGCAUUCAAGAACUGGGGUGUAUAUCCAUUUUAAUGCAAACUCCGGACUUAACACACCGGUGUUAAGCAAACAAUACUGGUUCAUUCCCGAAGCAGUAUAAGGGACUCCGUAUCGCUGUCCUGAGUCAAUAUUGAAUGGGUCAGAUUUACCCGAAUGUUAUACAUUAUCUAAGUUUGUGGUAGAACCAUACAAGUUUGAAUAGGUCAAGAUGUUGAAGUGUGUGUGUAUGUUGUAGACAUGUUUAGACAACUUGCUACGUUGGUAAAAUAGUGAACUGAUACAAUGGUACUUCUUGUGUUAAUCAGUGUCUGGGUUGCUGCAGUUUCAGGAGGUUUACCUCCCGUUAUUAGAAUAGGCGCAAUUUUUACUGAGGAUCAGAAAAAUAGCAGCGUGGAACUAGCAUUUAAAUAUGCGGUAUAUAAAAUAAACAAGGAGAGAGAAAUGCUUCCAAAUACCACGUUGGUUUAUGACAUCCAGUACGUGCCCAGAGAUGACAGCUUUAGAACUUCGAAAAAAGCAUGUAGACAAAUGGAGUUUGGGGUGCAGGCCAUCUUUGGUCCAUCAGAUCCAAUAUUAGGAGCUCACAUUCAAAGUAUUUGUGAAGCAUUAGAUGUUCCCCAUAUAGAAGCAAGGGUAGAUUUUGAGCCAGUAUCAAAACAGCUGAGCAUUAAUCUGCAUCCUAGCCAGGAAAAUAUGAAUAAAGCAUUUAAGGAUCUUAUGGCCUUUCUUAAUUGGACCAAAGUAGCUAUUAUCUAUGAAGAGGAUUAUGGCCUUUUUAAACUUCAAGAACUGGUAAAGGCACCAGGAAUAGUAAAGACGGAGAUGUAUAUAAGACAAGCAAGUCCCUCCAGUUACAGGCAGGUGUUACGUGAGGUUAGGCAAAAGGAAAUUUUCAAGCUAAUCGUGGAUACGAAUCCGAAAAAUAUUCAAAAAUUUUUUAGAGCGAUUUUGCAGCUACAAAUGAAUGACUACCGAUAUCACUACAUGUUCACAACAUUUGAUUUAGAGACAUUUGAUCUUGAAGACUUUAAGUACAAUUCUGUUAACAUUACUGCAUUCCGAUUGGUGGAUGUAGAUCACCCUAAAGUGAAAGAGAUAUUAGCUGCUAUGCAAAAGUUUCAGCCUAUAGGACAUGCUAUUUUAAAUGGAACAGGAAUUAUACAGGCCGAACCAGCGUUAAUGUACGACAGUGUUUACGUGUUUGCAAAAGGUUUAGCUACCCUAGACUCAGGGCACUCUAUAAGGCCAACAAAUUUGUCUUGCGAUAUUGAGAAACCUUGGGAUGAUGGGCUUUCCCUUUAUAAUUAUUUAGAUUCUGUGUCAAAACUGCAUGGAUUGACCGGCAACUUGGAAUUCCAAGAGGGUAAAAGAUCAAAUUUUAAAGUAGAUCUUUUAAAACUAAAGAAAGAGGAUAUUAAGAAAGUUGGAACCUGGAGCAUGGCCGAUGGAAUAAAUAUUACAGAUCCAAAUGCUUUUUAUGAUCAAAAUGCUCCUAAUAUUACAUUAAUAGUUAUGACACGAGAGGAAAAACCAUACGUUAUGUUAAAAGAAGAUCAGAACUUAACUGGUAAUGCACGUUAUGAAGGUUUUUGUAUAGACCUAUUAAAAUGGAUCGCAGGGCAAGUUGGUUUUCAAUAUAGCAUUCGAUUAGUGCCUGAUAAUAUGUAUGGUGUUUAUAAUCCAGAUACUAAGCAGUGGAAUGGAAUUGUUAGGGAACUAAUGGAAAAGAGAGCUGACCUAGCGGUUGCAUCGAUGACAAUAAACUACGCUAGGGAAAGUGUCAUUGAUUUUACUAAGCCAUUUAUGAAUCUAGGAAUUGGAAUAUUAUUUAAGGUUCCCACAAGCCAACCUACCCGAUUAUUCAGUUUCAUGAACCCCCUGGCAGUAGAAAUCUGGAUUUACGUAUUAGCCGCGUAUCUGUUAGUUUCUUUUACCCUGUUCGUAAUGGCACGAUUUUCACCGUACGAAUGGAAUAACCCGCACCCAUGUCACCAGGACUCCGAUAUAGUGGAAAACCAGUUUUCGGUGUCGAACAGUUUUUGGUUUAUCACUGGCACGUUUUUGAGACAGGGCUCUGGAUUAAAUCCAAAGGUUUACAAAAGAGUCCCAUCAAAUCUCUUUUCAUUUCUAACUCCCUUGGCAAUCGAAAUAUGGAUUUUCAUGGUAGCAGCGUAUAUUCUUGUAUCCUUAACUAUAUGGAUAGUAGCCCGUUUUUCACCAAUGGAAUGGAAAGAAAUGGAAUUAUGCGAUGACUGUCUACUAAAAAAAUAUAAAGAUUUACAUCAAAAAGAACAUUGUGAACAUACACUUAUGCUAACUGCUAGCGGUAGUGAUUUAUCUUCCGGAAUAGGUAGUGACAGAGAUGAAGAUGAAACUGAAACAGAGGAUGAUUUGGAUUUAAAGUAUCAAGAAACCAGGACGUUCCUUCCCGAUGACCACUACCAUGAGGAAAUAUCUACACUUGACGUAUUGGAAAAUGGAUUUACUAUAGGAAAUAGUUUUUGGUUUGCUAUUGGAAGUCUAAUGCAGCAAGGUUCUGAUUUAAAUCCCAAGGCUACUUCAACGAGAAUUGUAGGUGGUAUAUGGUGGUUUUUUACGUUAAUAAUUAUAUCUUCAUAUACAGCCAAUUUGGCAGCAUUUUUAACAGUAGAAAGGAUGAUAACUCCUAUCGAAAAUGCUCAAGAUUUGGCUGAUCAGACUGAAAUAUCUUAUGGAACAUUGGAAGGUGGAAGCACCAUGACGUUUUUCAGAGAUUCAAAAAUAGGCAUUUAUCAAAAAAUGUGGCGUUUCAUGGAAAAUCGGAGGCCACCGGUUUUCGUAAAAUCAUACGAGGAUGGAAUAGCCAGAGUUUUACAGGGAAAUUAUGCCUUCCUAAUGGAAUCCACAAUGUUAGACUAUGCCGUGCAAAGAGAUUGUAACCUCACACAAAUUGGUGGUCUUCUGGAUUCAAAAGGUUACGGCAUAGCUACUCCAAAAGGGAGCCCCUGGAGGGAUAAAAUCUCAUUGGCUAUUUUAGAGUUACAGGAAAAGGGAGUUAUUCAAAUUUUAUAUGAUAAAUGGUGGAAGAAUACUGGGGAUGUUUGUACGAGGGACGAUAAAAGUAAAGAAUCUAAAGCUAAUGCAUUAGGAGUAGAAAAUAUAGGUGGUGUUUUUGUGGUUCUGCUCUGCGGCCUAGCCCUAGCCAUUCUAGUAGCUAUACUCGAGUUUUGCUGGAAUAGCAAGAAAAAUGCUCAGACCGACAGGCAAUCAUUAUGUUCUGAAAUGGCCGAAGAGCUACGAUUUGCUAUGAGGUGUCACGGUUCAAGGCAAAGACCUGCUUUAAGAAGAAGUUGCACAAGGUGUAGUCCCGCUACAACCUAUGUACCAGCAGCUUUAGAUUUACCGCACCUCAAUGGGGAAGGCGUAAUUCUUCCCAUGAUGGACCUGAAAAAAUCUCCUGUGACCUACGAUGUAGACACUUAGCGACGACUCGCCUCGGGCGGAUACUCAACUUUCGCCUGCGCACCUAAUUCGAUACGAGACUGUUGUGGAGG